AUAGAACCCCUUCCAUCACACGCACCACAUAUAUCACCCAAGCAAGCAAACCAAAGAUGGCCCAACCAAACCCCACACCCUUCACCUACGAAAACACGAUAUACAGCAACGGGCUGGAAGACACACGACCACCGUUCCCUCCGCACCCACACGACUGGGAACCACUGGCGCAGUCGCGCCUCUCCGCCGACAGCUUCGGCUACGUGCACGGCUCCGCAGGGACCGGCCAAACGGAAGCAAACAACCGACACGCAUUCACCAAAUGGGGGAUCGUGCCCUCGCGACUAGUGCCAUCCGAGUACCCAGACCUGCGCGUAACGCUCUUCGGCGAAGAAUACCCGUAUCCGAUCGCGCUGGCACCGGUAGGGGUACAGCGGAUCUUCCACCGGGACGGGGAGGCGGCGGUGGCGCGCGCCGCAGCGGCCGAGAGCGUGCCGUACAUCUACUCGACGGCGGCGUCGACGAGCGUCGAGGACGUGGCGCAGGCGUCUGGGGACGGGAAACGCUGGUUCCAGCUGUACUGGCCGCUGAACGAGAACAAUGACAUCACAGCUAGUCUGCUGCAGCGUGCCCAGAACGCUGGCUAUAAGGUGCUGGUCGUCACGCUCGAUACCUAUAUCCUUGGCUGGCGGCCGAGUGAUCUCGGGAAUGCGUAUAAUCCGUUCCUGCGCCCGGAUAACAUCGGAGUGGAGUUAGGGUUGACGGACCCGGUGUAUCGGCGGAAGUUCAGGGAGAAGCAUGGGAAGGAGGUCGAGGAGGAUAUGGGCACCGCGGCGAGGGAGUGGGCGCAUACUGUGUUCCCGGGGAAGAGUCAUGGGUGGGAGGAUUUGAAGUUUCUGAAGGAGCAUUGGAAGGGUCCUAUUGUCUUGAAGGGGAUCCAGAGUGUGCGCGAUGCGCAGCUGGCUGUGCAGCAUGGGAUGGAUGGCAUUGUGGUGUCGAAUCAUGGCGGUAGGCAGCAGGAUGGCGGCGUUGGGUCGCUGGAUGUCUUGCCUGAGAUUGUCGAUGCCGUCGGCGAGCAGAUUGAGGUUCUCUUUGAUUCCGGCGUGCGCUGUGGUGCCGAUGUUGUUAAGGCGUUGGCGCUCGGGGCUAAGAUGGUGCUCAUCGGCAGGCCGUAUGUCUAUGGCCUGGCAAUGGGCGGCCAGGCUGGUGUCAGCCAUGUUGUGAAGUGUUUGCUGGGCGAUAUCGACUUGAGUUUGCAUCUGUCGGGGGUGCCCUCGGUCAGGAAAGAGCACCUGAACCGUUCCAUUUUGAGGGAGUUGAAGUGAGCGCAAGCGGUGGAUUUACGUUACUAGAUAGUUCAUAAUAGAUCUUUUGCCAAGUUCCACACGAACAAGUUUGCAUACUAGAGUUUAUUGCUGGUGGGGAGGGAGGAAUUGGUUAUGGAGAGCAUGAUGUACACAAGGUUUUAUCUGGUCCAAAGGAUAAGGCGCAUUGGGAAGCUGAAGAAAAAGGGGGGCCCGGGGGUCCUCCCCCGGAACGUUGUUCUUGGAGUGGUAUAUAUUAGUUGUGAGGGUGAUACAAGCUGGGAAGCUGGGAAGUUGAAAGGGUUAAAAAUAAGAGACCGUC